AUGAAUGAAGAUCUACCUGCUAUCUUGCGGUUGCCCGCUAAUGUGCUGUAUUCCCCAUCAAUUAAUGGUAACUGUACUGAAAACAUAUGCCCUCUAUGUGACUGCCUGGAAGACCUCCGCGUUGGGACCGCGGCAAGAGGUUCUUCAAGAUGCCAUAAAAUCCAAUAUCUCAAGGGUGGCGUGUUGAAUAGACCAAGGAUCCAGAGAGCCUAUUUCCACGAACCUUGUCAUCAGUGCAACACUACACCUGAGGAUCAACUCUGCGCGAGAUGCAAACAUAUGAGGCUCAGGCACCUGAUACAGUGUUUACUUUUAGCCUCUCAUGCUGACGCGCAUGCGCUAGAUUCCUUUGAACAAUUUCAAACCACACUAGAAGAUAUCUAUCUGAAUUUGGGAAGCGUCCAAGGCUUAGAAGAACGUUCCCAUAGCUGCGAAACCUGCCUUGGAGAUGUCAAAUGCAGUAUUGGAAUGUGGUUGCACGUGCACGUCCCCCAAGAAAAAUGGAUCCCUCCUAGAUGGUAUUUUUGGACGGAACGCAAUUGGUGGAUUAAGGUGGGUAAUGACCAGCAAUAUGCAGGUAGCAAGAUCUUUCUCGGGACAAUUGAGCCUACUCAUGGCCAUCACCUCGUUUCUACACCUAUACCCCAACAGACGGUCGACUGGCAGAAGGUUAACAUGUGGGUGAGUGAUUGCCACAACUCUGUCAAGCGCGAGGGUUCCCUCCAGGCAAAGCCUGAUACAUCGCAAAUAACUGGGCUUCGUGUUAUUGACACCAGACAACGGUGCAUUACCAUUGCCCCUGCAGCAUGUCGAUAUGCGGCUCUGAGCUAUGUGUGGGGGGCCACGAGCAGCGACUUGCAGGCAACGACGAUGAACAUAAAAGACCUGAUGAGGAAAGGCUCUUUAGACAGCCGUUCUCUACCACAGACUAUCGAUGACGCCAUUGUUGCUUGUAUGAAAAUGGGGAUAGGCUAUCUUUGGGUUGAUCGCCUUUGCAUAUUGCAGGACGACGAUCCUAGCAGAAAAGCCCAUUGGCUCAACUCUAUGGGUGACAUAUACGCACAAGCAUAUGUAACAAUCAUCGCUCUGGCUGGAAAAAAUGCUCAGCACGGCCUUCCGGGGGGUUGGACAUUCCAAGAGGCGACGCUCUCAUCACGACGGCUUCUAUUCUCCGACACAAGAGUUUUCUAUGAAUGUUCCAACCACAAAAACAUAAAAGAUGAGUUAACUGGUGACUACCCCAAUACUGCUGAAACCGCAGGGGCUGCGCUAUUGAGUUACGCCAAGGUGGUGAGCCGGUUCACGAAAAGGAAACUAACUUGGGAGUGUGAUGUACUUCGCGCAUUCGCAGGCGUUCUACACACAGGAUGGGGACCCGAGAAUUAUUAUGGCAUACCCCUGAAUAUCUUCAGUGAUGCAAUUCUCUGGAGGACGGUGAAAAAGAAUCCGUAUUCCACGAGGCAUGCAGCUCCUGGUGAUGCAUUUCCUUCCUGGUCGUGGUCUUCCAUCAAAGGUCGCAUAACAGUCGAACCAUCAGCCAGGGAAGGUGGCAUAUUUGCAGAAAUGCGGGCUUCUCUAGCAAUUUGGGCGAUCCCUCGUAGGGCGAGACAGCGACUAGAACUUCAGAUAAUCGCAAAUACCCUGGGGAAACCAGAGAAGCCCAACAAACUAGAUGAUGUGAAGUCGCCCAACAACAUGAACGAGAAGGAAGUAACACAUACUGCACAUGAGUUGUAUGCUCCUUGUAAUUUCAGGGACUUACGUACACGACUUGGCGUUGUGAUGGCCUGGAGAUGUGGAUGUUUCUCGGGAUCUCUACCGGGCAUACUCAACACUCCAUUUACGUGGGGCGAAUACAAGGUUUUUGCUAGGAAAUGGAGAACCCUUGGGCAUCUCUGCGAUGAGGCUCAUGGAAUGUCACAGGGUAGCAUGUCUGAACAAGAUAUAGAAGCGCGAUUUCCUUCGAAUAUGCGUCAAGGAUGUCCUCCAGGAUCCAUCUUUGUCUACACUCAAUCACUUAAUCUCAACCCAUUACAACUAAGCCUGAAGAAGGAUAUGUCGCUCCAAAAAGACAUACUUGCUAUUGAAGUUGGCGAUUUUCUUGCCCUCGUCAUCGAUGGCUCCAUCAACAUCGAGCGAAUCAACCAUGUUCGCCAACAUAAUCCCGAAUCUUGUUUCAGUCUGCUUGCUAUCUCACUCUCAGAACCUUGGGACUCCGAGACAGAGCACUUGAAACCAAGAACUGAAGACUUCUGGUAUGAUUCUGCAGGAGUUCCAUUGGGUCAAAAUCCGCAUGAUCCCCAUGCGAUCGACCUUAUGCUUGUUGAGACGGAAAAUGGCAUUAGUCGGCGUGCUGGACUGGCACGGGGUUAUUUAAAACGAUGGAUAGACCAGAACCCUCAGUUCCAGACAUUCCACCUUGUAUAG